UCACAGCGACCGCAACAACCGCUUUUACAUAGUCCGAUUCCGUGUGUCACAUUUUUCCUAUGAUAAUGAUUGAGAAAGUUAAUAAUGACGCCGACCGAAGGAAACAAAAUAAUUUUUCGCUCGCGUACAGCAUGUUCUUGUCGGAUCGUAGUGUAUCUCGCUGAAGUCCGCCAAAUUGACUGAUCAUGACCGUAUAUCGGACGUUAUUUGUGAAAAGUGCUUUUUUCUUUGGGAUGUUGUACUUGAAAAUCAAUGGAUCAGAUGCCCAAGAGGAAAAAGUGAAAUGUUUAGAAUCAGGACGUUUUUAUCGAAACCCUGAACCGGAUUUAACCGAUAGAGAUGACUUGUGGGCCGUGGACCAAUGUUCCAAGUACUACUUAUGCCUAGAGGGUGAGGUGUUUGAUUUCCAGUGUUCCGGAAAUCUAUUCUUCGAUGUCGAUCGACAAGUGUGCGAGGUGAGCGAGAAGGUGCACAACUGUGAUAAAAUUAGAGGCGACUCACAGUUGAAUCCAAUCAACGAAGGGCUCAAACGUAAAGACACAAACACAUGUGAUAAUCCGGAACACGAAAGAUGUUCCGAUAACACGUGCAUAUCACCUGAGUUCUUUUGUGAUGGUUCACGUGAUUGUCCGGAUGGUAGUGACGAGGUGCAUUGCGAAUCAAAUCAUUAUAUCAGUGAACCAUGUGACCUAAACUUAUGUCAGUUGCCCAACUGUUAUUGUUCGACAAAUGGCGUUCAAGUUCCCGGUAACUUACCACUAGUCAAUGUACCGCAAAUGGUAAUAAUCACUUUUGAUGACUCUAUUAACAAUGACAAUAUCGAUUUGUAUCGGAAAUUAUUUUCUGGGAAGUACCGGAAUCCGAACAACUGUCCCAUAUCGGCCACUUUUUUUGUCAGCCAUUUGUACAACGAUUAUUUUUAUACUCAGAAAUUGUGGAAUUACGGACAUGAGAUUGGUGUCCAUUCAGUCACUCAUAGAUUCCCAGAAGAAUGGUGGUCGGAAAACGCCACAAUGGAAAAUUGGUUUGACGAAAUGGUGGGUCAAGCAAACAUCAUCAAUAAAUUCUCUAAUGUCCGUUUGUCCGAAAUUAAAGGCCUAAGGGCCCCUUUUUUACGUAUAGGCUGGAACAGGCAAUAUUUAAUGAUGAAAGAGUUCGGAUUCUUGUACGAUAGCUCGAUGGUAGCGCCCUAUUCGUACGUGCCGCUAUGGCCCUACACUCUAGACUAUAGAAUGCCCCAUAAAUGUUUUAGACAAAUGUGCCCCACAAGAUCUUAUCCAGGAGUAUGGGAAAUGGUAAUAAAUCAACUGGAAGCUUUCAACAUUAGCUGUGCGGCCCUGGAUUCAUGUCCCAUAGAGCUCACAGGACAAGAAGUCUAUCACACUUUAUUAAGAAACUUUAAUAGGCAUUAUUCUACUAAUAAGGCCCCUUUUGGCAUACAUUUACAGGCAUCUUGGCUAGAAAAUUCUGAAAAUAUUGCAGCUUUUCAGGAAUUUUUGGAUUACAUCCUCACCAAACCGGACGUAUGGUUUGUUACAAACUCGCAAGCAAUUGAAUGGAUCAGGCAACCGACUGCCCUUAAUAAAUUAUUGAAAUUUCGACCGUGGGAUUGCAGGAGGAAAAAAUUCAAAAAGGAGCGAGAGGUGGCGUGCAAGGUGCCGAAUACUUGUCACUUGAUCAGUGAGGAGCUAAAGGAGGAGGUAGAGAUGCAGACUUGUAUGGAAUGUCCCAAGAAGUAUCCGUGGGUGAGGAACGAGUUUGGAGGCGAAUAAUGUUGGAAUGAUUGGAUCCAAUAAUUUUUUUUUUUUGGAUUUAAUGAGUACAAAUCGUUACCAUUACAAGAAUGUUUAUUCUUAUAUAGAAUGUUUUUUUUUAAUAGGUGUUUAAGCUGUAUUUAUUUGUAAAAUAUUUAUCUCUGGGUGUGUUUUUAUUAGUUAUGCCUAUUGUUAAUAUAGUUUUUAUUAAUUUC